AUGAGUGCACAAAAAGAGGACGAUGGUUAUGAGUUUUUUGUGCCGACUAAUGUGAGAUUUUCAGUGAAUUUUUAGCUAACUCCACAAAAUUUCCAUCCAAUUUUGAAAAAACAACCACAAAUACGUCAGUCUCAUACAUGUUUUUGGUCCGGAAAAGUAUAAAAUAGGGUCGUUAACCUUUUUAUUUUUCAUGAAAAAUAGGUCCUUAACUUUUAUGAAAAAAAAUUAUUAUUAAUUUCUCAAGUCAUCAAAAUUACCUCUGCAUCAGCUUCUUCUUUCAAAGAGGAGCAGGGUUUCCACAAAAAUUUCCCCUUGUUUCAUUUUGCAUCACAAGGAAUAUUUCAAUAUCUCUAAUCGCCGACAGUUCGCUGGUAGCGCCACACGCUAUCUCUCUCAUUGCAGUGACUCCGCCCACUUUUUUUUCUUUUUUUUUCGUUUGUUUUUCACUGGAAAUUCAAAUCAAAAUCAAAACUUAUAUUGUUGUAGGCAACCAAAUGAGAUGAAAAUUUUCACAGUUAUUCUUCAAGAUAUUUAGCUUGUUUAGAAGACCCACCGGCUUAAUAUAAAGACCUCCAAAAGAUUUAGGAGACCUCAGCAGGAAAGUUUAGUGAAACGCUAAACUUUGCUGCUGAGGUCUCCUAAAUCUUUUGGAGGUCUUUAUGAUGAAAUGUACUGGAUUGAAACUAUGCGAAAUUACCUGUAGAAGGGCUGUGAAAAUUUUUAGCUCAUUUGGUUGCCUACAAGAAUAUUAGUUUUGGUUUUGAUUCGAAUUUUCUGUGAAAAUAAAGAAAAAGAAAAGAAAAAACAAAGUGGGCGGAGCCAGGUGCAAUGAGGAGGAUCGCGUGUGGUCGUACCAGCGAGUUGUCGGCGAUGAGAGACGUUUAUAUAUUUCACGUGAUGGAAAACGCAAAAUUGAAUUUGAAUUGAAUUGAAUUUGUUGAGGAAACUCUGCGCAUCUUUGAAGAAAAAGUGAAUUCAGAGAUUUUUCCUUCCUUCGGGAAAGCAUGCUGGGAAAUAAAUUUUUAGUAAAAAAAGGUUUUUUUUUUCAGUGUAAAAUAGGUCUUUAACUUUUUAAUUCGAGUUCGUCAUAGGUCUUUAACCCCGAGGGUAAUUUAAUGGGAAAAACACCUAUGGUCAGUCUUGACGCAUUCUGUGUAGUUUCAACGAAAAAUUCAAACUUUACAGCUUGCCGCGCCUCCACCGCCCGUUUCGGAUCCAUUAGGCUCGACAAGAAAAUCGAAGAAUCCGGCGAUUAAGAAGAAAUCGGCGUCGCGAUCAGAAUCCAAAUCAAAAUCAGCCACCAAAACCAAAACUCGCUCAAAAUCCAUCAAAACGCUGAAAAAAGGUGGAAAAGGCAAAAAGAAUUCGAAAUACGACAAAAAACCGAAGAAAAAUGGGAAGAAAAGUGAGAUGAAACAUGUGAAAGGCAAAGAAGUUUCGCUAACUGGUGUCAAAAUUCAAUUGGUUGCUAGUGUUUUGAUGUUUUUGAUCAGUGUGAUUUUGAUUGUUGUGGUGAGCCCUAGUUUUGCCAAGUCAUAACCCAAAAAUCCGGAAUUUUCAGAUCCUGAUCUCUUCUGGAUAG